AUGGCAGACCAAGUAACCCAGACUCAAGUGAAACGAAGGAGACAGUGUGGUCCCAAGACGAGGACGGGCUGCCAAACCUGCAAAGUCCGCAGAAUCAAAUGUGACGAAGCCAAACCCCACUGCAAGCGCUGCACCAGUACCGGUCGAAAAUGCGAUGGCUACCUCCCCGAAUUUGCUCUUUCGAAUCCCCACUCCAAUUCCGGCACCCUUAUUCAGCGAUUGCCAGCUCUCCUCCCUGGAAGUGCCCAAGAGAAGCGCGGAUUCCAAUACUUCAUAUCACAAACGGGAGCAGAGUUGACAGGGUUCUACUCCUCUGAUUUCUGGGAAAGGCUUGUCCUGCAAGCAAGCGCCGCGGAGCCUAGUCUUCGACAUGCUGUUAUUGCCAUCGGGUCUAUACAUGAGGAAUUUGCGAAUCGGAAGCUCACUUAUGGCACAGGCGAGGUCAGCAAAGGACAUGCAUUUGCAGUAAACCAAUAUGUGAAAGCAAUUGGUCAUUUGAGAAGAUCGCUAGCAGAUGGGACUCAAGCACCGAUAACGGCUCUGAUGUCGUGUAUUCUGUUCGUCUGCUUCGACUCCUUGAGGGGACACUUCGUAUCGGCCAUGGCACAUCUACAGAGCGGACUCAAGAUCUUACGCGACUUGAAAACGAAAUCUGCAGCGGACGAGCAUGCAAUUACUACGGAAAUCGCACCUCUGUUCUUACGGCUUAGUAUCCAAGCCAUUUUGUUCAUAGACACACGGCCCACACCAGAGCGGAGGAAAAUGGUUGUCGAGCUAGCUCAUGUGAGCUCGAGAACGAUGCCAAUACCCGAAGUUUUCAAGACGCUUGAUGAAGCGAGGAACUCUAUGAAUGUAGUUGCCAAUUCGCUCUUUAGAAUGACUUACUUGUGCGAUGGUUCCCUAUCCAUGUGCGAACAGCCACUUGAAGCUUUUGACCUUUUCCAAAAGUAUGCAGAAGAUAACCAACGUUGGAAUUCCGCAUUUGAGCGUUUUAUGCGAGCCAAAUCUGCCUCCCUCGACAAUCGCGAGCUUCGAGGAGCAGCAUUGCUGAAAAUCCAUCAUCUGACCGCCCAGAUAAUAUCCGCGAUGGUACCCGAUGCUACCGAUUCUCGACCGCUGUCUGCGGCCAUGAACGACUCGUUUUUAUUCAGAAAGCACACGGACGAAUUCAGAAUCAUCACGAAUCUUUGUAGAUCCUUGAUUGCCACUGAAGAGCAGGAUAUCAAGAACGGCAAGACGGCCGCUACUUUCUCGACAGACUUGGGGAUAGUGGGACCCUUGUACUAUGUCUGUAUAAGAUGUCAGGAUCAGCAGAUCAAGACGCUCGCUAUUGAUCUCUUGAGUCGCUGCCCACGAAGAGAAGGAAUGUGGGACAGCGAGUCGGGUGUGAAAAUGAUUAAGGAGUGGUGGGAGUUAGAGAAAAUUCAUCUACGCACGACCGGCGAGGAAGACACCGUUCCAAGAAUACUGAUGAACGAUGUUGUGCAAAUGGAGUUUGGCGACGGCAUGAAAUGGGAGUGGAAGUUGAAAAAUCCAUUGGGUAUGAUGACACCCAAUUCGAUGAGUGCGAGUAUGGUCAGCACUCCUGGAGAUGAUUGGAUGAGCUUCCUCGAGGACGAUAGUUGGUAUACUGGUUCAUUUUUGAUGCCAGAUACGUCCAGCGAGAGCGGGUUCUCUGGGAUGGGACAGGAUGGAGGAACAUGA